GACUUUGCCAAGUGUAAUUCAAAUCCAAAUGUAAAUAUUUUGGUUUUGUGAUGUGCUAUGCAUCAAAAUGACUGGAUUUAAUUACUUAGUGAGGAGGCCAGCGCAUUAUCGUUGUUUCAAGAAGUUGAACCGUUACAGUUCUUCAGAUACAAGCGUCAAACACGAAGGAAAGGCUGUUAGAAAGAAGUAUUCGGACACAGUGAACCUUCCUAACACAAAGUUUCCAGCAAGGAUAGAAGGCAGAAAAAGAGCUGAGCGUGACAGGUUUAUUUACGAAAAAUGCAGAUUCUCCUCAUUAUAUUCAUGGCAAAGAGAACACACUGAGGAUCCAGAAUUCAUACUGCAUGAUGGCCCUCCAUAUGCCAAUGGAAAACCACAUAUGGGACAUGCCAUUAACAAGAUUAUGAAAGACAUAAUAUUGCGUCACAAGGUACUUCAAGGUCAAAGAGUGCAUUUUAUUCCGGGAUGGGACUGCCAUGGUUUGCCCAUUGAACUGAAAGCAGUAUCCAAUUCAUGUGGAAAAGAAACAAAGCUUACACCAGUUGAAAUAAGAUAUAAAGCAAGGAAAUUUGCUGAAGCUGCUAUUGCAAAUCAGAAGACAACUUUUAAAUCAUGGGGAGUAAUGGGUGAUUGGGACCAUUCUUAUCACACAUUUGACAAGAAAUAUGUGAAAAACCAGAUUAAGAAAUUUUACGAUAUGUUUGAGAAGGGUUUGAUCUAUAGAGCAUAUAAACCAGUUUUCUGGUCUCCAUCAUCAAGGACAGCACUGGCAGAAGCUGAGCUGGAGUACAACCCAACUCACUGCAGUCAGGCUGUUACGGUACGCUUCCUGGUAAAGGACCUACCACCACAACUGAAAGAAAUUACACCCCAACAUGUAUCACAAGUGUAUUUGUUAAUAUGGACCACAACUCCUUGGACUCUGCCAAUGACAAGUGCAGUAUGUUAUAGUCCAGAGAUGACAUACAGUGCAAUUCAUUUGGACAAUUCAAAAGAUGAACUGUACAUUUUAGCUUCUGAAUGUAUGAAGGACUUGCUAAAUAAGACUGGAGCACAAGCAGAAGUUAUCUCAUCUUUUAAAGGUGACAUGUUGAGGAAUACAUUCUAUGAGCAUCCUCUAAAGCAAGGAUGCAACUUGCCUUUGCUUCCUUCAGACCAUGUCUCAACUGGCAAAGGCAGUGGAUUGGUGCAUACAUCUCCAGCCCAUGGCCACGAUGAUUUCUUGGUUGCUUUAAAACAUGGAAUUUCCUUGGAGUGUUUGGUUGAUGAAGAUGGCUGCUUUAUGUCUAAAAUUGGGCCAGAGCUUGAAGGUUUACCUGUGUUGUCUGCAGGCAAUGAAAAAGUGUUGGUAUUGUUGCAGAAUGAUAUUUUGCAUCAAGAAAAGUAUACACAUAGUUAUCCCUAUGACUGGAGGACAAAGCAGCCAGUUAUAAUCAGAGCUAGCAAGCAAUGGUUUAUUGACACUGAUGCAAUUAAACAAACAGCAAUUAACAAACUCAGAGCUGUUAACAUAUUGCCAGAAAAAUUCAGUGGAAGUGGUCAGCUAAUAUCGCAGCUGGACAGGCGACCGUACUGGUGUAUCUCAAGGCAGAGAGUUUGGGGUGUACCGAUCCCAGUUCUUUACCGACAGUCAAAUCAGGAAAUCUUGGUAACCAGACCACUGACCGAUCACUUCUGUAAUCUUUUGGAAGAACAUGGUCCAGAUUUCUGGUGGACACUGCCUACUGAGAAACUUGUUGAAGGUUGUGUCUCAGAUGUAGAUGUACAAGACAUAGAAAAAAGUCAGGACAUCUUGGACAUCUGGUUUGAUAGUGGAAUAUCAUGGUCUUCUGUUUUGGAUCAAAGAGUGGCUGACUUAUAUUUGGAAGGUGUAGACCAAAUCACUGGUUGGUUCCAGUCUUCACUAAUGACAUCAGUUGCACUGCGUGAGGAGCCUCCCUAUCGGGCUAUAUUUGUUCAUGGAUUUGCAGUUGAUGGAAAUGGUCGAAAAAUGUCAAAGUCAUUGGGAAAUGUUGUAGAUCCUGUUGACAUUACUGAAGGCAGCAAACACAUACCAGCUUAUGGGACUGAUGUUCUCAGGUGGUGGGUUGCUUCACAUGGUACGCAUCAUGGUAACAUAAGUAUAAGCAACAAUUUGUUAGACAGCUCUGCAGAUUCUAUCCAAAAAAUACGCCUUGUGCUGCGCUUUAUCCUUGGGUCCAUAAACGAUUUCCAGAAUAAGAGUGACAAUGAUGCUGUACAUUUAUACAACUUGGACAAGUACUUGCUCAAUCUGCUCUUUGGUUUGGAAAAAGAGGUUGUGGCAAUGUAUGAUGCUUAUCAGUUCAACCAUGUUUGUAAACUCAUGACAAACUUUGUCACCAACGAUCUAUCAGCACUAUACUGUCAUCUGAUAAAAGACAGACUUUAUUGCGAAUCGCCUAACUCUCCUAAGAGAAGAGCUUGUCAGUUGGUGCUGAGCCACAUACUGGAAGGUGUUACACAUAUGAUUGCCCCAGUUUUACCAUUUCUUGCAGAGGAAGUUUAUCUCCACCAUCCCUAUUUUGUUGGUACAGGUGUUUUCCGAUCUGGAGUUUGGAAGCCUCCAAAAGAGUGGGAGAAAGUUGACAUUGACGAUAUAAUGUCAACAGCAUUGAAAUUGCGUGACUUACUUCACAAAACCUCAGAAGAAUCCAAUACUUUGAAAUUAAAUGUGAAAGUUUCGGCAGGAGAUAAAACUUUGCAGAUAUUGAAGUUGUUCCAGGAAGAAGGUCAAAGUGAUUUUUCCGAGUUGACAGAACUACUGCAGGUAUCAGCUGUGGAACUGAUCAAGUCUAGUAAGCAGCUAUUAGAUAAUGAGUUUGAAAUUGUAUGUGAAACAUCAGAAUGUCAGCUGUGUCCAAGGUGCCGACGUUAUACCUCUAAAGAAAAAGAUGUGCUGUGCUCCCGCUGUGAGAAAAUAGUAGCAAAACAACCCCUAAAACAAGUUUUAUGCAGCUAACAAUAUAUUUAUUUGUAUUUUAAUCAGUCUCAUGAAUAAUACACUGUCUUUUUGUGUUCAUUGUGUUAUAUAAGCAGUUGUGUAUUCACUAUUUUCUCUUGGAAAAGUUAUUCUUUUCUGUAAUUUGAUGUUAUU